GUCAAAGCUAGCGCGCGGCAAACGAGGCUAGACGUGCGAUGGGCCGCCAAAACUUCCCAGCAAUCGGUAAAAUGUACGCGACUAUACCGCCGAGCACGCUCCAAAUCCAAAUUUAAUUACAUUAUCGAACAUAUAUUUAAUAAUUACUAAAAUAAUAUUGUGCAAUAGAAAUGAGUGGCAGCCAAAAGGUAAAUGGGGACCGAUUGAGUUUCACAACAGAACAACAAGCUUCUGACGAGACCUAUGAAAUGAUUCCACACAAUACUAAGAAUAAGGACCCGGGGUCAAAAUUUGACCUUUUGUUUCCUGAAAUCGAGGAGGUGCUUGGUCCAAGCCCCACAUUUCGACCAUGCACUCUUGUCUGGCGAGACCUAACAGUGCAUACCAAACUCAAAGAUGGAAAGCUUAAGAGACUUGUGAACAAUGUGAGCGGUAUCGCAAAACCUGGCACGAUGACUGCGUUAAUGGGACCUAGUGGAGCUGGAAAAACUACACUAAUGACUGCAUUGGCACAUCGAAAUCCAGUGGGAACAAUAGUGGACGGUGAAAUCCUAAUGAACGGCACCCCACUGGGCGAGUUCAUGCAUCAGGAGAGCGGAUAUAUGCACCAAGAUGAUCUGUUCGUCGAAAACCUCACAGUUAUUGAACACCUCACUAUUAUGGCCCGACUACGCAUGGACGGUCGAACCUCCUCCCUAGCUCGCAAGAGACGGGUGAACCAGCUCCUGAGGCAGCUCUCACUGUACGGGUCCAGAUUCACUCUCAUCGGAGGCCUGGAUGGAAGGAAGACUUUGUCAGGCGGGGAGAGAAAGAGACUGGCGUUUGCCACUGAGCUCUUAACCGACCCCGGCCUCCUCUUCUGCGACGAGCCAACAACUGGUCUCGACUCAUCAUCAGCCCAUCAGAUGAUGACAUUGCUCCGAGCCAGUGCAGCCCAGGGCAAGACUGUCAUAUGCACCAUACAUCAGCCCAAUACGGAGCUCAUGGCACAGUUCGAUAAGUUGGUACUGUUAGCUGAAGGAAGAGUGGCAUUCGCUGGUACCGCGUCUCAGGCUUUGAGUUUCUUUCAAAGCCUCGGAUACAACUGCCCAAUGAUGUACAAUCCUACGGACUACUUCAUAAAGGUGCUGUCUCUCACUCCUGGCUCGGAGUCAGCAUCACGACAAGCCAUCAAGAACGUCUGCGACAGGUUCGCAGUCAGCGAUGCUGCCAAAGAAUUAGACAUGGAAAUACAUUUUGAAUUUCAUUUGAUGGAUAGUGAUAACUCCACGCGAUCCGUGGCUCAAGAUAAACAUGAUACCUUCGAACCUCCGUUUUUCCUCACAAAGCUGUGUUGGUUAAUAUAUCGGUAUCUACUUAUAAUACUUCGAGAUCCACGAGUGCAAUUUGUAAGGAUAAUACAAAAAUUGGCUAUAGCUUUAACAGCAGGCCUCUGCUUCAUGGGCACAGCUAGACUCACACAAUCCGGCAUCCAAGAUGUUCAAGGUGCCCUCUUCAUCAUCAUAGCAGAGAACACGUUCACCCCCAUGUACUCAGUCCUCCAUAUGUUCCCUGAGGAGUUCCCUCUGCUGAACAGGGAACUGAAAGCUGGAUUGUAUUCGGCGCCUAUUUAUUAUACUGCGAGGAUGGUGGCUUUGCUGCCAGGUUUGCUGAUAGAGCCGACACUGUUCACCCUGGUGGUGUACUGGAUCGCAGGUCUUCGUGGCUCGCUGUAUGCCUUCAGCUUCACCGUGUUCUUGGCUAUACUGGUGCUGAACGUAGCUAUCGCCUGUGGUUCAUUCUUCUCGUGUGCGUUUGGUUCAAUGCCAGUCGCCAUAGCAUACCUCGUGCCCUUCGACUACGCUCUCAUGAUGACCUCGGGUAUCUUCAUUAAGCUAAGCUCUAUGCCAAAAUACGUCUCCUGGAUCCGCCAUUUAUCUUGGCUCAUGUACUCCAAUGAAGCUAUGAGCAUUUUACAAUGGGAUGGCGUCCAAAAUAUAACUUGCAUCACAGAUGAACCCGGUAUGCCGUGCCUAAGCACCGGGGAACAAGUCCUGGUGACCUACGACUUCGCCAGCAAUAAUCUAUGGAUGGACGUCCUCGCCCUCUUCAUCCUAUACCUGGCUUUCCACAGCCUAGCCGUUUUGGCUCUUAGACACAGAACCAGGAGAAAAUAAAGUUAUAAUACCUUUCAAUGUUUUUGGUAUGGUGUCUAUUACGAUAAAUGUAUUCAGCCAGGUGUAAAUAAUUUAAAUAAAGAAUUUAUUGUACUGAU